AUGCUUAGUAUCUCUAAAAGUACAGUUCAAAGGAUAGUAAAGAGGGGAGACAUAAGGCCACACUCAAAUGCCCUUAAACCUGCCCUUACAGCAGCAAACAAAAAAGAAAGACUCAGAUGGUGCUUAAGUAAACUCAUAGGGGACUCACCAGGCACAAAAAGAGAGUAUCAGAGCAUGUAUAACAUAGUAAUGAUUGAUGAAAAAUGGUUCAGCUUAACUAAAAAGAGUCAAAGGGCAUACUUGGCUAAAGGGGAGAAGGGAGCUCAUAGAUUUUCUCAAUCAACCAAAUUUAUCCCCAAAUUCAUGUUUCAAGGAGCUGUUGCAAAGCCAUGGUACAAUGCACAAAAGGAGUGCAUUUGGGAUGGGAAGAUUGGUAUAUUCCCAUUCACAUAUACCGAGCCAGCCCAAAGGAACUCUAAAUACAGAAAGAAGGGAGACAUGGUCACAAAGGUUGUGGAAAGAGUGAACAGAGAUGAAUCAAGGAAGAUGCUUAUUCAAAAUAUCAUACUAGCCAUUAUGGCAAAGUGGCCACACACAGGUCAUCACAACACAAUUUAUAUCCAACAAGACAAUGCUAAGGCACAUAUACUUCAAUCAGAUCUAGAGUGGCAGCAACAUUGUGAACAACCAGGGUUCACAUUCAUUCUCAUUCACAUCCACCAAAUAGUCCAGAAUUGA